AUGUCGCUGUGGCACAAGUGGUAUCUCUACAAAAACAAAGUAAGGCACAUAGACAGACAAGCCUUUGUAGGACUGUCAUCACUAGAGCAACUAUACAUCCAUUUCAAUGAAAUUGAGCAGCUGCUGCCCAACACUUUCAGCAACCUACCCUCACUUGAAAGACUAUUUCUUCACAACAACAAGCUUGCAAGAAUACCAGCUGGGACGUUUUCCAACCUCCACUCUCUAAAAAGAUUGAGACUGGACUCCAAUGACCUGGUGUGUGACUGUCAGCUGAUGUGGCUGGCCGAGCUGCUGAAGAAGUACAGUAGCGUUGGCAGCACCCAGGCGGCGGCGACCUGCAAGUACCCGAAGGCCCUGGAGGGCAGAUCUGUGUCCACCAUCACACCUGAGGAGUUCCACUGCGUGAAACCUCACUUCACUGCGGAGCCGUCUGAUGUUGACGUUACUCAUGGCAACACGGUGUACUUCAGUUGUCAUGCGGAGGGGGAUCCUAAACCAGAGAUUGUUUGGCUCCACAACAGUAAUGAGGUCCAAAUCACUGAUGAGCGACACAACAUGCUGGACGAUGGGACCCUGAUGAUCCAGGACACCCGGCCAGAGGACCAGGGCAUGUACGAGUGUAUGGCCAGGAACAUCGCUGGGGAGGUCAAGACCAAGCCGGCCGAGCUCAGAUACUUCAAUAGUCCAGCAAGUCCUACCUUCACUGUGAGUCCCCAGGACACAGAGGUGCUGGCUGGACAGAGUGUGACGUUGGAGUGCAGUGCCUCGGGGUACCCACUGCCAGACAUCACGUGGUCCAAGCAUGACAGACCGGGCCCCCCGCCGCCUGCCCUGCCCAGUGAUCCCCGCUUCACCCUCAUGAGGUCCGGUGCCCUCCACAUCACCGACGUGCAGCAGGAGGACCACGGGCUGUACCGCUGUGAGGCGUCCAACGACCAGGACACGAUCAUCGCCACUGCGCAGCUCAUCGUACAAGCUCCCCCAAGGAUCACUUCUCGGCCCCAGGAUGCUGAUGUGGUGGAGGGGACCUCAGUGGAGUUUGACUGUGCAGCAGAGGGACACCCCACCCCUGUCAUUGUCUGGACAGUCAAUGGUAACCAGCUACCUGAUGACCGCCGUUUCACAGUCCUGUCGUCUGGGAUGCUACGUAUCUCUCGUGUCACGUCCUACGACAGGGGUACUUAUGAGUGCCAGGCUGUCAACGUGGCUAGUGUUGACAGGGCCAGCGCAGACCUCACAGUUAAGGCCAGAGUGACCCCAACUUUUACGGAGACGCCGACUGACCUGACCGUGCAGCCUGGAGGAGAGGUCAGUCUGCCCUGCAGCGCCGUGGGGGAACCCCAGCCGGCCAUCACGUGGAACAAAGAUGGCGUCCAAAUUACAGAAAGCAGCAAGUACGGUUUGAGCGCCAUUGGACAUUUGAUCAUCCGAGGAGUGGACCAAUCAGACACAGGACGAUACGAAUGUUCUGCCAGGAACACCAUUGGGUUUGCCUCCACCAGCAUGCAGUUCACUGUGCUGGUUCCAGAAACCAACAACUUUAUAGGUGAUCCAUUUGUGGGGCCGUCCAUACAGCAGGCUAUAAACAGUGUGGACCGUGCCAUCAACACUACCCGUAACGAUCUGUUCUCCAGGACCUCCAGGCCACGCACUCCCAGUGAACUGCUGCAGUUGAUGAGGUUCCCCUCCCCCGAGGCCCUGAGUCUGGCGCGUGCAGCGGAAGUGUUUGAGCGGACCCUGCAGCUGGUGCGGCAGGAAGUGGAGCAUGGCAUGAAGCUGAAUCUGGAGGACUCAGAGUAUUCCUACACAGAACUGAUCUCCCCCAGCCAUCUGCGGCUGGUGGCAAACCUCUCGGGCUGUUCCACGCAUCAACAAAUCGUCAACUGCUCGGACCGGAUCUGUUUCCACCAACGGUACCGCUCUUUUGACGGAACAUGUAACAACUUCCAGCACCCCAUGUGGGGGGCCGCACUCACACCCUUCCGACGUCUGCUGAAGCCCAUAUAUGAAAAUGGCUUCAACACUCCAGUGGGAUGGAACAGGUCGCACUUGUACUUUGGAUUCUCCAAGCCCAGUUCACGUGGGGUAUCUACCCAGGUUUUGUCAACCUCGACCACAACGCCGGAUACACGGUAUUCACAUAUGGUGAUGCAGUGGGGACAGUUCUUGGACCAUGACCUGGAUCUUGCGGUGGAAAGUUCCAGUGAAUUCACCUUCAGCACUGGGUUGAGAUGUAACGAAACCUGCGACAACACACCACCCUGUUUCCCCAUAGAAAUCCCCCGUGGGGACCCCAGAAUUCGACACAGGUGUAUGGAGUUCAGAAGAUCCAGUGCAGUGUGUGGAACAGGCAGUACUUCACUCUUCUUUAAUGAAGUCACUCCAAGAGAACAAAUUAACACCCUGACAUCAUUCCUUGAUGCCUCCAACGUUUAUGGCAGCAAUGACCUGUAUGCCACCCAGAUUCGUGAUCUGACCAACCAACAAGGCUUGCUGAAGGGUGGAAUAAGGCAAGCAAAUGGGAAAUAUCUGCUGCCCUUCAACACUGAAUUGCCAAUUGACUGUCAAAGAGGUCAGCAUGAUAGUCCAAUCCCUUGUUUUCUAGCUGGUGAUGUUCGCAGCAAUGAGCAGCUUGGUCUUCUCUCAAUGCACACCCUCUGGAUGCGGGAACAUAACAGGAUUGCAAAAGAGCUUCAACGUUUGAAUCCCCACUGGGAUGGUGAUACCAUCUACCACGAAGGCAGAAAAAUUGUUGGGGCCGAGAUGCAGCACAUCACUUACAGCCAAUGGAUGCCCAAGUUUAUUGGACAGAAAGGAAUGGAGUUGGUAGGAGAAUACCCAGGCUAUGAUCCGAACACAAACCCAAGCAUCAUUAAUGCUUUUGCCACGGCUGCAUACAGGAUUGGACAUACCUUGAUCAACCCGGUGAUCUUGAGACUGAAUGCCAGUUUCCAGGAGAUCCCUGAGGGGCACCUCCCCCUCCACCAAGCUUUCUUCUCUCCCCAGCGGGUUGUUGAAGAAGGCGGGAUCGACCCCGUUCUUCGAGGGUUAUUUGCAACGCCACUCAAGCAAAGGAACUCAGGUGAGUUCAUCAACACAGAACUGACGGAACGCCUGUUCGAAAUGGCCCACCACAUCGCGUUAGAUCUGGCAGCAUUGAACAUUCAACGUGGGCGAGAUCACGCCCUUCCGGGUUACAACGACUGGCGGGUGCUGUGUAACAUGACAGCAGUGAACGACUGGGACAGUCUACGUCACCAGAUCUCUGACGCCCAGCUGAGGGAAAGGCUGCGACAGUUGUACGGUCACCCAGGCAACCUGGACCUGUUUGUGGCAGGCGCAGUCGAGGAUGUUGUGCCAGGGUCGCUGUUGGGUCCGACCUUCCUCUGCAUCAUUACCCAACAGUUCAAGAAUAUCAGGAAUGGAGACAGGUUCUGGUACGAGAACCCUGGUGUUUUCAAACCCUCUCAGUUAACACAGAUCAAACAGACGAGCCUGGCUCGAGUCCUGUGUGACAAUGGAGACAGCAUUGACAGAGUACAGCACGACGUGUUCCUGAAUGCAGACUUCCCCACAGGGUAUGUUUACUGUGACAGCAUCCCAAGGAUGGACCUCACUGCAUGGACAGAGUGCUGUGAAGACUGUGCCAACUCUGCAGAAUUUGGCACAGUGACUGGACAGUUCCGGAAGCGACGCUCCACCCGGUAUUCAGAGCUGUCGGAUGCAAUGAAUUUCAUGGAAACCGCAAAACAGAGAAGAAAAACAGCUAAGCUGGGAAAACAGGAAGAAUUUGUAGCCAUGAAACACAAAAAGAGUAAACAAAGACUUCCUAAGCCAAAACAUGACAAAGUUGACGUUGUGUUGGAGUAUCAUACUUCUGGUCAGAACGUGUCUGUUGAGUCAGAUCGAGUGUCGCGACUGGAGUACGGUAUGAUGAUGAUGCAGGAUAUCGCAGGGGACCUGCAGAGGGCUGUCUCACAACUGACAAGAAAGGUGAGAGAGUUUGAGGUGCAGCUGGAACACCUGCAGACCUGUAAAGACGAUGAAGGCAACAGAUACAGAGAUGGGGACACCUGGGACCCAGAUGACUGCACUUCCUGCAGAUGUCAGGAAGGAAAGGCCACGUGUGUAAGACAAAAGUGUCCAGAGAUGAGCUGUGCUAAACCAUUGCUGGUGCCAGGAGAGUGCUGCCCUGUCUGUGUGUAGACAUAGCACAGUGUGUGGUGGAUCUAUAAACAAUCAACAAGAGAGUUUUAAAACUUCCAAACUUUUACUUUGUUUCUUGUAUUCAUUUGUUGUCUCCCUGGAGUUAAAAUUAGCUGAAGAUUCUCUGUUUAUAGGCAAGUACUCUUGUAGAGUUUCCUUUGUCAACGUGUACACUUUUGUACUACAAUUUUAUCCAAGAUGAAACUUACUUUUAGUUGUUUUUUCAUGAUUUUAUCCCUUAAAGGAUGUUGUCAUCAGAACUUUAACUACUGAUUGAUACACAAUUAUAUACAUGUACGUAGCUGCCUUGCUUCUGAGUUUGCCAGGUUCACCUAAAAGUACCAUGAAGGGUCAGUCAUUUCAGGUGGUGUUAUGGUACUUAAAAAAGGAAAAUAGACUUUUAAGUAACCAUGGUGCCUUAACUCUCACAAAAUCUCUGGUUAAGCAAAGUAGACCUCAAAACGAGUGAUACGGUAGAAGUUUCAACAAAACAAAAAUGUACAUUUUUAUUACUACAUGUAAUUUCAUAGAGAUUCUUCAUCUUGUAUCAAUAGGUAGAUUCUGAAAAUCACAAAUCUAGCAAUCUGGCUAUCUUAGCAAAGUUCAUAAAAAAAGAUUGUUUUGGUGCUAUAAGGUGAUAAAUGUUUGACAGUAUGGUGCUGGUGAUAUUAUUUAUUAUUCCUUUGAAAGUUUGGCCCUUUGGGCGGGCUAGAACAAUUCUAACACUCAAUUCCUCUCAAAGUCCAAAAGUGUGAUAAACGUUACAAAGUACAUUGUACAUACAUGUAGAUAGGGCCAGGAACCAAUCUGCCACACUACAACACUGUUCUUGAUUCCACUGCCUCACCAAGUUACAGGGUUUACGACAAUAUUGUCCUCAGACAUUGCCAAUGUUGCACUGCAUAUUCAUGUUCUGUUGAGAGACAAAAAGGUUUUGUGUAACUGUUUUGUGCUCUACAGUCGUCAAUGGACCAUAGGAAUCAAUACAUUUACCCACCUUGUUGUCUCUACUACUUGUAUCAUAGUUGCCAGUGUCCCCAAAUUUUUUACGUGGCCUGUUCAAUCUAGGCUGUAUUCUGAACAAAUAAAAAGGCCACUUAAACAACCGAUCUCUAGGGACAUUUCUUUCUGCCAUUCUUCAAGUUCAGUGGUGUGGACAAUGGAACAAGACACCUACGAUGUACACUCGAACUUGUGCAAGUGCUAAGGACCACCUGGCCAGGUAGAGUAACCACUUUUAAAUAAUUUUUCACGUUGCGUGAACUUGAAAAAUCUUGUCUCUAAUGACCAGGCAAGUGUCCACACAAAUGGGUUCCUUGAGUGGUCUUCUUGGGUAGGUUUGACUGUACGCAUAUGGAUCGGAGCUGCUGCUCUUCAGUACUGAAAAGGCCCCCUUUCCACUUGACAGCGUCCAAAAUAGGAUCUGUGAGGGAAUAUAAUGCAAGAUAAAAGAGUAUGAUUUACAAUACAACAAAGCAUGCAAUUAAAAAAUCUGUUCUCUGUCUAUGAAAUUCAUUGAGUGAUAUGUAAAAUCUGCCGUCGUCAUGUGGUCACAGCACUAGUGGAAAGGGGGUGUAAGGUAUAAUUUUCUGGCAAGAGCUUUUUUACUUAGGACAUUUUAAAGAUAGACCUUAUUCAAAUACAGUAUAUUUUUUCAAAGAGACUACAGAUAUGAAUGCAUCCAGUAUACUCGGUGUAACAGACAAAGUGUAACCAAAGAUUAUAUAUGAAUACAAAUGUUCACAUAACAAUUAUAGUCUCAUCAUACUGCCAAGAGAUGUUUUCACAGUGGUUUGUAGAUUGUCCUUCAACAAAGGAAUAUCCAAUUCUGUAACAUAGUUACAAACAUCCAGUGUGAACCAACAUAUAGUCCUCAUGAUAUUUUAACAACCAUGUAUCGUCCGACAUUUUUGUGGAUGAUAUUUCUUCAGUUAUAACACUAGAAAAUCUUGAAGCAUAAAUGUCGUCAGAAAGAUAAGCUUCAUGCAAAAAAAAUGUGAUACACUCAUCUGAGUGAGUAUAAUCAAGACUAUAAGGUAUGCAAGUAUGAUACCCUGUAUUUUGUAAAUGUAGAUUUAGCAAAAAAUGAUGUAUUUUAAUUGUUCUUUUACACCUUGUAAUGAUCUAUCGUCACUAUUAGAUUACUUUUUAGCCUUUGUUACAGAUUGCUGCUUAACAUGUAGCUUUUUACCACUACUAUGUAGCUUAAAGAUGUUAUUUUAAAACAUGUGGAAACUUUUGUAUGUUUUACAAUACUGUAAAAGGGGGAAUAUUAAUAUUUGUGUUGGUUUUAUGUUUGUGGUUUUUGCAAUGACCGCUUCGUCACAAACUUGAAACCACCAUGAAAAUUUGAGAAUUUGUUCUGUCCUCUUUUACUUUCUUAUUUGAACCGUGGAAGUCCAUUUUCUCCAUACAAUGAAAUCAAAUCCUGGCUGACAUUUCCCCUUUUACAGUAUCAGCUUGCACAGCAGGUAGUCUGAUGUGGUUUCCUUGUGCAGUGGAGAGAAUGUGUGAUUUGAUCAUAGGAAGGUAUACCAUCUGGAGCGGUGGGAAUGACAAAUAAAUGUUUUAUACAAAAAUA